ACAACGCAUGUUGUAAUAUAAUAAUGCAAACAGAAUUUAUCAUUUUCUUUCCUUUUAAUCAUCCAGAUUUUAAGUGUCUUUGACAUUUUGAACAAGCUUCUCUCCUCGUCUUUUGUCUGUUGCACAAACUAUUAUAUAUUUUGGAUAAUAAGUUGUUCACUGAAUCUUGCACCGUUGAGUUAGUGAAUUUAACUUGACAAUUGGAGGAUAUUUUCUUGGAAGCUAAUCUUUCUGGAAGAGCUUAUCUGGCUUGACAAGUAAUAUCUGUCAUGUCGAUGUAGUAUCUUAUCAACAUAGGAGAUAGUGAUGUAAAGAGAGAAUUUCAAUCCCUCAAAUCAAAAAGAAAUGAUUGUUUAACAAUGGAUAAGACACAUCUGCAAAAAAGCUUCAGAUGGAGAAAUCAAUGGUGUUUGAGAACUUAACCGUCCCUUUCUUCCUUGUAUUGGUGGGUGACAAAGGAAUGAAGGGGGCAUCUCUCUUAACUCUCUUUCUCCUUUAUCAUGUUUCUCAGAGUUGCGUAGACUCUGAAAGGUAUGCGAAAGUCCCUGUCUGUUUGCUUAAAGGUGAUGCCAUUGGAUCAAUCAUUACAUAUAUUUUUCUUUCUACUGUUCCUCUUUUGUGAGUUAUAAUGAUUCUUUGCUCUUACUUCUUGUUGGAACCUACCCAAGAAGUCCCACAUUGGGAAAAUAUGGGGGCCUUAUGUGGCUUAUAAGGCAAGUGUUUGGACCCAUCUCAAGAGCCAUGACUUUUGGGGAAGAACGGGCCACCCAUCUACUUGCCUUAUAAGCCCAAUUGUAGGCCUAUGUAAUGUGGGCUUCCCCAAGGUCCAAAAUUUUGAAAUGGUAUCAGAGCGAAGGUUAUGGUUGUACGGUGAAGGGUCCAAUGUGGCCGUUUUGGUGAAGGGUCCAAUGAGAGGCCCAAUGUUUAUGUGUGAAGGGUAGUGUUGGGACCCACACAAAAAGUCGCACGUUGGAAAAACAUGGAGGUAUUAAGUGGCUUACAAGGCAAGUGUUUGUACCCAACUCAUAACCCAUGGAUUUUACGAAAGAAUGGACUUCCCAUUUAAAAUGUGUACUUCUGAUGCAAGUGACAUUCUGCUCUUUAAUUUUCAUCAGUGCAUUUUGUCAUAGUAAUCAGCUUGAUUUGAGAAUCCUUCAUGGAUUUCUGGGGCACCAACUUCUUGCUAAUCUACCGAAACAUGCCCUGUGGCCUGUGGGUUCUUGCUCACCUGAAAAUUUGAGACAUUUAGUCAGUCACUUGUUCUGUUGUGCAUUUCAAUGAGUAAUAGAUUAUGAGUUAAUUUUCAAAAUAUUUUUGCAAUAGUACAGCUUCCUUUAGAAAACACUCAUAUUUUUUGUGGAAUUUUUUUUGCCUCUUAUGAUGCUGACUUAGCAAAUUUAUAAAUUUAUUCAAUACCGAAGCUAUGUAUGAUAACUUAGCUAAGUACAUAUGUAAGGUAAACAAUUCUCGUGCACAAGGCUCCCUCGUGGACAGGAUCGGGGACGUGUGUGAUAUAUAUAUAUUUUACCCUCACAUAAUAUGUGAAGUCUGUUUUCAGGAAUUGAAAUUGUCGGGGACAUGUAUGAUAUAUAUUUGCACUUAUGUUUUUUUUUCGUCCGGCCAUAAAGUUAUGCAGUUCCUUUGGCUUGUAGGAUAUAUGAACGAUCAAUUCUGUGUGUAAAAGAUGUUAGUGUAGUAGUCUAUGGGUUCACAUCUUUUUGUCCCUUGGCUAGAACUGAUGAUCCUUUGAGGACUUGUGUUAUUACAUAUAAGAUUUAUUGGUUCUUUUCUCUGAUUUUUGAAACAGGGACUGAUUACUGAUAUAAGAAAGAACAGUGACUAUUAUAUGUAGUUAUUGUAGUCACUGUUCUUAAGUCUGGUUUAGUAUACUUGUCAUGAUGGUAUGCCACUUCAUAUUUGAAUGGUAGAAUCUGGUGGUCACUUCCCCAUCUUGAUCUGGCAUAAGUUAAGAUUCUGACGACACUUGUUCUUAUGAUUGGAAAUUGGAAGUGUGCCCUUCGUGGGGCAUGGCCAUUGGAGCUCUGGUUGCACUCAUGUUUGUUCUUGGCUCAACGUUGGUUUGCCGUGUGCCUACUGGUACCACCUAUAAUGAAUGGAACAAAGAGAGGCAUCAUUUUGUUUCUUGUCGUGUAUGGGAAGUUCAGCCAAAUCUUCUUUCCUUAACCCUCUAAUUUUGGCUGAUAUUUAAUUACAAGUACCUAAUCUCUUUUAGGGCAUGUUUGAUUGCAUGGACGGCAUAAGCGAUGGAUCUGGGCUAUGCUUAUCCAUGGUGCGCCAAAAAAGUUACACCAUGGAAUCAGAUAGAAAGGAACAAUGUCGGCUUGAACCUAAAGCCACAUUGUCAUUCUCAAGUAACUUUUAGUCACCAUUUUUGGUGCUGAUUUGGCAGGAAGUCUUAUCUUCUCCAUGUCAUACGUGGUAUGCGUUUUUAUCAGUAGCAUCUGUAUGUUGUGAUAUGUCCUCAGUAGGAUCCAAUCCUCGCCUACCAGAUAUGUGGGUUUUGGAAUCUUUGAUGAAACGACUAAACGAGGGCCAAUUACAUGAAUGUGUGAGAUAUUUCUUGCCCCCAAAUUCUCCAUUUUCGUCUGGCAUUCCUGGGUGGGCUAUAUAUAUAUGUCUAUAUCCUUCCUUAGCAUGACAGUAUUUAUCUGGUGAAUGUUAAAGCCUUCAGUCCUCCCAUUGAUUUACAUAGAUGGAAAGAAAGAACUUGCAACAGCAAGUUACCUUCAUGAGGAAGACCCUCUUCGAUCAGGGUUACCUUGAUGAGCAGUUCAUUCAGCUAGAGGACUUGCAAGAUGAUGCCAACCCCAAUUUCGUAGAGGAUGUUGUUACGUCUUAUUACACUGAUUCCACUAGAUUGAUCCAAAACAUAGAAAAGGCACUGACCACUAAAUCUAUCGGUUUUGAUAAGCUGGACAAUUACAUGCACCAAUUCAAAGGUAGCAGCUCAAGCAUCGGAGCUAGAAAGGUGACAAUGGCAUGCACAGUUUUCAGGGAAUACUGCGAAGCAGGAAAUGCCGAGGGAUGCAUAAGGACUUUUGAACAAGUGAAACAACAGUAUGCAAUUUUAAGAAAGAAGCUGCAAACUUAUUUUCAGAUGGUAAGACAAGCAGAAGUGGCUUAGGAGGCAUGUAUAAGGAACUAAAUUAGCAUGUUGUGGGCAUACCAUACACGAAGCCCCUCAUUGUUGAAGAAAAAAAUGGAAGAAUUAUGCAGAAUUUACAUGUCAAGAGAGGCAUAGACAUGUGUGUCAGUCUAGCCAAAGCUGAAUCUUGAAAGUUGAAAUACUAUUUAUUAUGACUACAGCUCUUGUUUUUUUUUCUU